AGCCUGUCUCCUCAGUUGUGGAGCAGCUAAUUGAGACUAUUGCCGCAGCUGGGAGAACCAAGCCCCACCAGCUCAGGCUCUUGGAAAAGCAAGAUCAAGCCAAGAGACAGCAAAGAAGAAAAAACCCCCCCACCACACAUCCUCGUAAAACAAGGACUUGUCACCCCCAACCCCUUCCCUCCAAUUCAACUCACCAGCAAAGAGACAAUCGAGACACCCAAGCAGGGCAGAAGCAUGUCAAGAGCAGAGCGAGACACGGAUGCAUGCUGCAGUCACCCAGCCUUCCUCCAGGGCUGCGCGCAAGAAGUUGAAAGUAGCAGUGGAAGUUUAAAGGUACAGAGGAUGUGUGCCUCUAGGCGGAUACUGCUGCUCGCACUCACCUUCCUGGCAUACACGGUGGACUCCACGUUGGCAUAUGGCACUGCUGAAACUCUCUGUGGUGGGGAACUAGUAGACACACUGCAAUUUGUCUGUGGGGACAGGGGCUUCUACUUCAGUAGCCCCGUGGGACGAAAUAACAGAAGAUUCAACCGUGGCAUAGUGGAGGAGUGCUGUUUUCGGAGCUGCGACCUCGCUCUUUUGGAAACAUACUGUGCAAGGACUGUGAAGUCUGAGCGGGAUCUCUCGUCCUCUUCUCUAGUGGUCUUCCCAGCACUAAGCAAGGAUGGCUUUCAAAAACCUUUGCACGCCAAGUACUCCAAAUACGAUGUGUGGCAGAAAAAGAGCUCACAGCGCCUACAACGGGGAGUUCCCAGCAUCCUCCGCGCUCGCAGGUACCGGUGGCAAGCCGAAGGGCUGCAAGCAUCAGAAGAGACCAAGGUGCAUCGUCCUCUCAUCUCUCUGCCCAGCCAGAAGCCUCCGGUAGUGCAAGUUUCCUCAGAAACAUCAAGCACCCGGAAGUGAACUGUGAAAUGGAUUCUAUUUUUUUUUAAAUCUCCUGGGGGGGGACUUUUAAGGCAUAACUUCCCUAGCCCUUACCCUUCUUGGCUGCGAAGCAAGAGGGAUAUUGCCUUUCCACCCAGAAGCAAUAAAAAGGGGGCACUGUAAUGCCAAUUUAAAGAGAACCAAACAACUGACGUAGUAAGAAUGGGAAUACCGCAUUGUCAGCAACAACGUAAUUUCUGUGGCAUUGUCCUUUAAGCAUUAAAGUGUUUUUUUUUAAACUUC